AUGGAAGCCCUGAAGGAAAAGCUCUUGAGGAGCGACUUUGAUCAAGUUCGACAACACCCAAAAUACCAGACCGCCAAUGUACGGACCGAGGAAGGCAGCAUAUUUAAGUGGAUCCUGGACGUCCCGGGCGGCAAGGGCACCAGCUGGGAGGGCCUCGUGUACGACCUCGAGGUCACCUUCAGCCGCAGGCACCCGUUCGAGCCGCCCCGGGUGGACUUCCCCCGCACCCACCGCAACGUGUCGAACCCGGGCCAUCCGCUCGUGGAUGCGAACGGCCGCCUCCGAAUGCAGAAGCUCAGCUUCGACAAGUGGCUGCCCACGAUAGAGGCAAGCCAGGUGAUUGGCUGGUUGUUUCACCUCUUCGAGACGGAGCCCCCUUGCGUAACGAGCGGCAACAGCUGCCCGUUCACGCACCUAUCGUCCGAGACAGUUCUCCAGGUGCAUACGUUUUUGGACGCUGGCGACCUGGGGCGCCUCUCGCAGACUAGCAAGCACAUGCUCUCUCUCUGCUUCGAUGAGGCGACUUGGGCGAAGCUGUACUACCGUUCGUGCACGUCGUUGGAUGGUCUCUUGGGGGAAAAGGAGGGCGGUGCUUGCCCCGUGCGCGUGAUGGGCGCUUCCGGGAAGUGGUUCUGGGAAGGAUCCAGGGAGGCGUUUAUCCGGUCUUGGGAGAUGAGAAAGGCGUGCAGUAGCGCGGCCUUCUCGACGGCCAAGACCCAAGAGCUGCACGUCAAGUGGGAGCUCAGUGGCCUCCUGACUGUGGCUGCGGGGCUGCUCCAUGACAUCCAAAACCGGCGGCUCGGUGAUGUUUUCCCCGCUGCCAACGCGGGAUACUUGCGCCACAUGGAGCGGGUUCUCGAUAGCCUGACCAUGAGGGUCGCGAGCUUGCAGCGACUGAUGGCGUGGCCCGGAGUCUGCCGCGGUCUUCUUUCCGAGAAGGACGAGGACGGCUCCCUGCCGAUCGACGUGUGGGGCCGGCCGGGGCAGCAGCGAAGGUCUCCUUCGCCGUCCCCAUCACCUCACGAGAAGCAACACAGGGUGGAACUUCCCGCUCGGGUCGGCGGAGAGCCGCCGCAGGUCCUUGCUGCGGCGGACGGCGACGAUGAAAUGGACGACAUCGGCGGUGGGGCCGCCGCGGCCGCCGCCGCCGCGGCCGCCUCCAGCGGAUGGGCCACCCUCCAGAACGCGCAGCCGGCGUGCGGCAUGGGAGGAUUGUUCUGGCCGACCCUGUACGACCUGAUGGCCGCCAAGCGGCGGCAGCGCGAGCGACUGCGCGAGUGCUUCCGCAAGUUUUCUCGCGGCCAGAAGCUGGACGUCCGCGACCCUUCGGGUGUUUGGAUGGGCGCGGAAGUGAUGUGGGCCCCUGGGGACGGGGGCGUCGGUACCCUCCGCGCUGACGGGUGCGGAGAGGAUGGCGGUGCCGGGGCUGGAGCCGGGGCUGCCCCUGCUGCUGGGGUGGCCGGGGGCGGUGGCAUCCAAGGCGGAGGCGGCGGGGGCGGCGGAGGCGGCCCGUUUGCAGGCUCCCCCGUAGGUGGCGACGCCGGCAUGCCGGAGUGGCGGCGGUUGCUUCAGCUCGGCCUUAUGGCGGACGGUGGGAGGGCGCUCCCGGGGUCUCCGCCUCCUGCGUUGGCGAACUGGAACCCCGGCGCGGGCGCCACCCUUGCCGCUGUUCCUGCGGGCGGUGGAGCAGCGGACGCGGCGGCGUUAGGAGCCAUCGCAGCCGCCGCUGUUGAUCAAGCGGCGGCGCCGCCGGCGGCGGCGGGGGCGGCGGCUGGCGGCCCUGCGGCAGGGGCGCUGGUUUUCGGGCAAGGCGGCACCACGCCCCCCGGCAGCAACAGGAAGCUGGUGAGGGUCCACUACGAGGGUCACAAGAAGAAGUAUGAUGAGUGGAUCAGCGUGCAGUCCGGGAGGCUGGCACCGUUCCGGUCCCGUACCACCCGGCCGCUGAGCGUGACGAUGCAGUUUGUGGAGCAGGUGGUCAACGGCGCUUCCGUCAGCCGGUGCCAACGACGAGACCUCCUUGCGGGUGGAAGUCUGGUGCUGGGUGAAAUUGGUUCAUGAGCGUCCUUGAUCGCAUUUGGCAGCCGAGCGCCUUGUUUCUACACGUAUUUGGUUCAGUAUCUUUGGGGGGGGCGACACGUAUUUGGUUCAGUAUCUGUGGGGGGGGCGCUUCGGGCUUGCCGAGACAGGAGACCUGAACGGAAGCGAGGAGAAGCAUCUCGUGAUCUCCCGUACCUACCGUGGAACGUUUGAUUGGUAAGAUGUACCGGAGUUUUGUCCCGUCUUGUCGAAGACUGGGGGGGGGGGAGAGGUGUUGGGUGGGGGUUGCGCCAUUUCCGUUUCACGAGAAGCACAAGCACGCCCAGUGCGAGAGCAAAGGUGGUUUCCUUUUGGUACAUACGCUGCGGUUUUUUCUCGCGCGGGACAGUGUACAGUAAGGAGUCCCCGAAAUUUGGUGCGGUGGAUGGGCAGCUGACAAUAACCGCCUUAUAUGGGGCAGCGGCCGUACUCAACUGCACUAGACUUGCUUGUGCCCGUCGAUUUCAGCCGCCUCAUGUUAGGCGACCACGACCAUCUUGCUUCGACCGCCUUAUUCGGAAACCCCAAUCGGUAUCUAGCUGAAAUGUUUUUCGGGGGUGGCUCGAUAUUCCUGCUGUUGAGCGUCGAAAUGGUAGUUUGUCGAUUUGUGGUCGAGGGGAGGCGGGACGGAUGGAAGGUCAUGUUUCGUGUUUUGUUGUUAUUUGAAGUAGGAGUAUACAGUAGUACCAGCCAACAUCGAGAUCGGUCAAUUACUGCGAUACGUUCGGGCAGGGGCGCGGGUGCUGGGUUUUAUUGUUGCGUCCGGGCAGUCGCUUAUCACGUCUUUUUCUUUUUUUUCCUUGCACGGGUGUUGCAACCUUCUCACUUUUUGCACCCACUGACCAAGAAAAGACUUGGGAGUACAUGUGUACCAGGUACACACGCGGAUAUGAAAACGGUUUGGGUAUGAAACGGUUUGGGUAUGGGUAUGAAACGGGGCGGUAUACGCACAUGGUGAAUGUUUACGUUUGAAGGGAAACACGAAGCUGCCCUAGAUUCUGUUUUUGUGGUUGAUUUUUUUUUUGCCGCGACCAUGCCACAGGCUGCCUUGUGUGCGCGAAGCUGAACGCCGCAAACGAGUAAAGUUAGGUGGUACGUGACUAGAGAUCCAUUUAUUUGAUACAUGUAUUUUGCCCAUUUGGUUAACACAAAUAAGCUGAACACGAUGGCACCUGAGCGCGGACGUAGGGGGUAGCGGGAUGCGUGUUGGCCUGGAUAUUGUGCACACCGUGGACGCCUGCCGCCCUCCGCUGGUUCCAGGAGUCAAGUGACCAGAACAUGGGUGGUUUGUUUUGGUUUUGCACAUGCAUGCAUCGGUUGGGAGAGUGUGCAGCAGUGUCGAUGAAGACGUUGUACUAUUAUAGUUUGAAGCCAUUGUAUUCAAGACAAGGAUUGGGGGAACGUAAGAGCGCAACAUGUAGUUAAAUAGUCCGCGUGCAAAAUUGGUGCACAUAUAGCCGACUUUUGUAUCAGUUACAGCCGACUCCAAGCCUGUUAGUACGCGGCGUCAACAGGUAAUGACACUAUCCCGCGGCCACGCAAAGAUAUCUAACCGCGGGUCCUCCGU